CUUUGCUAUGCCCAGCCCAGCAGAAGCACCGCAGGAGCCUCAACCCCAUCUGCCCAGUGGCUUGUGGGGCAGAGCAGGGGCUCUGGCAGGGUCUGUGGUGGGGGUCUUUGCCCCCCAACUCAUGGGGGUUGCAGCUGCAACCUCCUUCCCUCAGAACUCUCACAAUCUGUGCAGGGGCCCUCAGACCCAGCCCCCCUCCCAGCAUCACCCCAAUGGCUCCCCUGUGCCCCAUCCCUGGGCAGGGAACCUGGCACCUCCAUUGCCCUGCCAUUCCUUUCCUCUGUCCCCCAAAGCUACUUAAUUCCUUACUUCCUACCCCAAUCCGGGCCACUCAGUCCCUUGUCCACCCCCCUUACCUGCAGAUCUCUGGAUGCCUGGGUCCCGCCUAGCCUUCCCUGCUCUCAGCUAUGGAGCUGGGUGCAGCUGGCUCUGGGGCGUGUCUGCCAGGCACUGCCUGCUGGCAGCUUCCCAGCCUCCCCAGAGGUACGGGGCUGGACUGGCAGGGGCUGCGGGUUGGGAGUGCGGGGCCCUGGCAGGGCUGGGGGAGCCAGGGGCUGCCGGGAGACGCACCCCAGAGCCGGGCCGGGCCUGACCUCCCAGCCCAUGGCUCUGUCCUGAUCCCCAGUAGAGUCUGGGGAGCGCUCAGGACAGCAGCAGUAUUUGUUAUUGUAGGGUCUCCCCGAGCAACGCCCCCACCAUCCCACAGGGACCCAGCCUGUGGGGCGGAGUGUGCCCUGCUUGGGAUAGGGCGGAGGCUGCUCUGUCCCGGGACUGGCUCCAGCCCCCUCCCCCACUUCCCUUCCCGGGCAGCGCCGCCGCCUCCCGCCCAGCCCGGCGCGCCGCAGGGAAUCGGGGCCGGGCGGGGACGCCCCGGGUUGGCACCAUGCAGGCCCCGGUGGGGCCCUUUCCCGGGCACAGCCUGUUGGAUGCCUCUGACCUGCAAGUGAAUGGGGACGAGGUGGAUGGGCUGCAGGAGGGCGAAGGGUCAGGAGGCCCACUCUACCCCUUCCUGGUGGUCUAUGACCUGAAGCCACUCAAGUCGCAGGGGCCUGUGUUUGCGAAGGGGGUGCCUGUCAUAGCCCGGGUCGAGGGAACCGAGCGCUACACCAGCGGCUCCAAGAUCCGACCCAGUACGCUGUAUUCCCUGCGCCUGACCCAUGGAGAUUUCACCUGGACCAUGAAGAAGAAAUUCAAGCAUUUCCAGGAGCUGCACCGUGACCUGAUGAGACACAAAAUCUUCAUAAGCUUCCUUCCCCUCUCCAGGUUUGCUAUCCAGGGCUCCCGGGCAGAGGCCACGUCUCAGGAAAUGCCCGCCCUGCCCCAUGCGGGUGAGGGCACUUCAAGGCGCCCUUCCAGCAAACAGAAGUACCUGGAGUCCUACCUGAAUUCCUUGCUGGCGAUGUCCUUCUAUCGCAACUACCAUGCCAUGGCGGAGUUCCUGGACGUCAGCCAGCUCUCCUUUAUCCCCGACCUGGGACCCAAGGGCCUGGAGGGCAUGAUCCUGAAGCGCUCUGGUGGACACCACAUCCAGGGACUCAAUUGCUUUGGCCACCACCAGAUUUGCUACCGCUGGUCCAAGAGGUGGCUGGUGGUGAAGGACUCCUUCCUGAUGUACCUCAAGCCGGAGUCAGGGGUUGUCUCCUUUGUGCUGCUCUUCGACCCGGGCUUCAGUGUCCGGGUGGGGAAGAAAUCCACCGACAGCAAGUAUGGGGUCCGCGUCGAGAACAGUGCCAGGACACUGAUUCUGAAGUGCAGCAGCUACCGGCAGGCACGCUGGUGGGGGCAGGAGAUUUCGGACCUGGCUGAGCAGAAGGGCAGGGACUUUCUGCACAUGCAUCGGCACCAGUCCUUUGCACCUGUCCGCGAGGGAACCCCUGCCCGAUGGUUUGUGAAUGGUGCUGGGUACUUUGCGGCUCUGGCCGAUGCACUGAUGCAAGCAAAGGAGGAGAUUUUUAUUACUGAUUGGUGGCUAAGCCCCGAGAUCCAUCUGAAACGCCCAGCGCAGACAGACGACUGGCGCUUGGACAUCCUCCUGAAGCACAAGGCGGAGGAGGGCGUGCGGGUCUGCGUCCUACUCUUCAAGGAGGUAGGGCUGGCCCUAGGCAUCAACAGCGACUACAGCAAGAGAGCACUCAUGCUGCUGCACCCCAACAUCAAGGUGAUGCGCCACCCUGACCACGUCUCAUCUAUUGUGUUCCUGUGGGCCCACCAUGAGAAGCUGGUUGUGGUAGACCAGAGUGUGGCCUUUCUAGGAGGGCUGGAUCUGGCCUAUGGGCGCUGGGAUGACCACCACUAUCGGCUCACUGACCUGUCCCCCCAUGCCAAGAGCGGGUUCCCCCCUGGGGAAGAGCCACCUGUCGACUUGGCCACCAACCAGCAACUCUGGCUGGGCAAGGACUACAGCAACCUCAUCAGCAAGGACUGGGUGCAGCUCGACCGGCCCUUUGAAGAUUUCAUCGACAGGUCCCGGACGCCGCGAAUGCCCUGGCGGGACGUGGGGGUGGCAGUGCACAGCAGAGCUGCCCGUGACAUCGCCCGCCACUUCAUCCAGCGCUGGAACUUCACGAAGACAGUGAAGAACAAGUACAAGGGCCCAGAGUACCCGUACCUGCUGCCUAAGUCACUCAGCACAGCCCACCACCUGCCCGUCACCAUCCCCAGCGCCCAGCUCACCAACGUGCAGGUGCUGCGCUCCGUGGAUCGCUGGUCGGCUGGGACCUAUGAGUGUUCCAUUUACAGAGCCUACCUGAGCCUCAUCCAGAGCAGCCAGCACUACAUCUACAUCGAGCUUACACUGUGGGUGAGAAGGACACUCCUGCAGGGAGCUAAUCCAACCCUGUCUCCCUGCAGCGAGGGGACGCAGUUUCGGGUCUUUGUGCUGCUGCCACUGCUGCCCGGCUUUGAGGGGGACAUGGCUGAGGGGGGAGGAAACUCCAUCCAGGCCAUCCUGCACUUCACCUACCGGACUCUCUGCCGGGGCGAAUCCUCCAUCCUGUGCCGCCUGAAAGCUGACAUUGGGGACGAGUGGAAGAACUACAUCUCCAUCUGCGGGCUGCGCACCCAUGGGGAGCUGUCUGGUUCCCUCACCACUGAGCUGAUCUACAUCCAUAGCAAGAUGCUCAUCGCUGACGACCGCCGGGUCAUUAUUGGCUCUGCCAACAUCAAUGACCGCAGCCUGCUGGGGAAGCGGGACAGUGAGCUGGCGGUGCUGGUGGAGGACACAGAGCUGGUCCCAUCUGUCAUGGAUGGGGAGCCAUACCAGGCUGGGAAAUUCGCCCUGAGCCUGCGACUUGACUGCUUCAGGGCGCUCCUGGGAACCUCGGGCAACUGCAGCAUCGACAUCCAGGAUCCUGUCAGCGACCACUUCUUUCAUGAGACCUGGAAAGGCAUCGCCCUGAACAACUCCAACAUCUAUGAGCAAGUUUUCCGCUGCCUUCCCACCAAUGCCGUGCUGUCUCUCCGGGCCCUGCGGGAGUAUGCAGCAGUGCAGAACCUGGCCUGUGUCAGCCCGGAGCUUGCCCGCCAACACCUAGCUCAGGUGCAGGGCCACCUGGUGCAGUUUCCCUUGGAGUUCAUGGCAGAAGAGUACCUCCUGCCCCCACUCAACAGCAAGGAAGGCAUGAUCCCCAUGGAGGUGUGGACUUAGACACAUGGGGGGCUGCCUACUACAUCCCCCAGCCUCCCCCACCCUCCUCGGGGCUCCCCUGGUGGCCACUAGAGACCCUCUGCAUCCAGCGCGGGGACCAGGACCAAUUCUCUGCCUGGUUAGGGUACCAGCCACACUGACACUUUACAUUCCACCCCCUCUCUUUGCUUGUUUGCACAGCCCUGAACCCUUUGCAUAGGUCAUUCCGGAGGCAGGACCGCCCGGCAGCUCAGCCCUGCAAACACCCAGUCACAAUGCCUGUGCCCUGUCUUGGCUGACGCCCUGCACCCACCACCCCACUACUCUCCCGGGCUAUCACUACAUUCCACAAGUCGAGUUCCUGCAAGAGGGGUGCCUGGGUCCCAGGGUGCCUCAGUUUCCCCUGACCUUUGCUUGGCACAUCCCCAGACACCCCCUUCCUGCUGCUACUAACUGCUGAGGGAGCACCUCUCAGCCUGUUGGCACACUCCAUGUCACAUACGGUAGGUGUUGUGCCCUGCCCCACCCCUCCCAGAGCCACUGAACAUUCCUGUUUGCUGGGUCCCUCCCACAAACUCAGCCGUCAGCCUGUCCCAAACCCCCUCCACGCCCCCAAUGUCACUCUCAGGAGCUGAUCCCACCAGCAUAGCUGGGCUGGAAUGUCAGAGGGGGACAUGCCUCGAAGGCUGCUAGGGCUAAGGUUUCACCAGAAAAGUGGCAGCCAGGCAGCUGCUGAGCUACAGCCUGUAUUUGGGUUUGCCCCUGGCUGUAGCCUCCCCUCACUAUAAUUGGACCAGCUCUGUGCCCAGCCACUAACCUGCCUCCUUGAUUGGGUUUGUUACGUAAAUGCUUGGAAAGUGCGGCCUGCCUCUUUCCUUACUGUGCUCUGGGAGGGGCCUGGGGCCAUGUGCCAGGCUGGGCAGGCUCCAGCCGGGGGCCCUGCCUCCGGGAUGAAUGCCCGUGUGCAGAGGCACAUACAAGGACUGGCUGUGCUAUGACAGCACCCAAAGCACCGGGGCAGGCCAGCAGCAUCAGGAGGAGUCUCACAGGGAGUGCCCUGUGCCCACAGGAGUGGUGUGUAGGGAGGGGGGUGAGUAAGUACAAUUCCUGCACUGUGUGUACAUACUUGUGUGUGCACACUGAGUGUGCAUGUGUAUACACACCCAGAGUGCAUGUGUAUAUGUGUAUACACUGGGCAGCUUGCUCCCAUUUCUGAAUAGCACAUCUGCAAGGGCAGGGCAGCUUUGGCGGUGGCAAAAAGGUUCAGAGAAGCAUAAACUCGAAAUUCAUUGUUUGGAUGCUGGUAGUGCCCAAAGGCUUCAGCCAGUCUCGGGGGGCUCCCAGUGGGCCAGGUGCCGCACGCAGCCUCACACUGAAAUAGUGGGCCCAGGCUGGGCAAGGCAAAGGAGACAGACAACAUGAACGUCCUAUCCACUGCAGCAGUGUGGCUGGAAAGGACAGCCCACUUGACAGUUUGUUCACCCCACUCCAAAAUAGGCUCCUAAGGCAGCGAGCUGAUCAGGCAGGUGUGUUUUCUGGAUGCCCAGAGCAGUGUGGGGGAAGAAACGCUGUUGCCUCCAGCUGGCAGGUGAGAGAAAGAUCCCAAGCUGGGGGCACUAAAUGCUAUUUGGCUAGCUAGCCCAGGGCAGGGUGAUAGGGAACAGCCAGCAUGGAUUUGUAAAAAACAAAGAUCAAACCAAUCCGAUAGCUUUCUUUGAUAGGUAACAAGUCUUGGAGAAGCAGUGACAUGGUAUACCUAGACUUCAGUAAAACAACUGAUACAGUUUCACAUGACCUUAUCAGUAAAUUAGAGAAAUGCAACCUAGAUGGGUCUACUAUAAGGUGGGUGUAUAACUGACUGGAUAACCAUUCUCAGAGAGUAGUUAUUAAUGGUACACUCAUGCUGGGAGGGCAUAACAAGUGGGGUUCUGCAGGGU